GCCGAAUCCAGUGAAAGUAUGGCGGUUCUUAGGAAAAAAGGAAAGUCACAGUGGAAAUAUUUAAAUGUGCAAUUCGUAAUCGAAUGGAUAAAAAUACUGUUGUUUGAUCCAAGUAAGACCUGGGUGGUGGGCCUUGUUCUUUUGUUUGCAGAGAUUGUGGUAAAUGUUAUAGUCAUCUGGAAAAUCAAAUGUGAGUACAAUAAUUACUCCUGUGAUCAGCUGGUGUGAUUCUUGUGUUUUUCGGAUUUCAUUAUGUACUGAUAAACUCUCUUUCAGAUAGAAAUAUGAUUUUUCCUGUUUAUAAAAAUUUUCGUCGCCUAGAAUCUGCUCUUAGUUUAUUUGCAAGGAAUAGCAAUGUACCGAAGUAUCAGUCGCGUGAUUUCUGUGGUCAGGAAGACAGAUCAACCUUUUGGCUCCAAGGAGCUAAUUCGUAAAGUGUAUUUUUUUUUGGCAUCAAGUAAUGGACAAACAAAUAUUCCCGAAAUAUAGGUGGCCAGUAAAAAUUUCAUACAUUUGAAGCAAGUUUAUUUUUUCAGGUCCAAGCUGGAAGAACAUGAAUUUUAGCUAAACCACAUAACAAAACACUAAGCAGUGUCUAGAACAAAGACAGUCUUUAUUACCACUAGAUUACUAAUGUAAUUUAGAUGCACAUCACCUAAUAAUGGGUGAUGUUUCCCAGUUCUCACAGAAAUUAAGAUAAUUUAUUUUCAGAUCUCAGGAAAAUACACCUUACAGAUGAGCUAUUGUGGAAGGGACAAGCUAUUAAUUAUUUCCUAAAUUGUUUCAAUCUUUUUAUGCCUUUGAUCCUUGGCACUGACUGGCACAAUUGAAUUUGGCUGGAAUCUCUGUUGAUUUCUUAUGGUGUGAUUGGUUAAUUUUACUCAAGUUACCUCAGUAACAUUAGCAUUACUAUACUUAAUUCAUUAAGAGAACUGGAAACAUUAUUAUUUGAAUAUGCUUGGAUUUAUAGAUACAGAGAUAGAUUGGGAAGCAUACAUGGAAGAAGUUGAGGGAGUUAUAAAUGGAACAUAUGAUUACAGAUUUCUGAAAGGAGCAACAGGUCCAUUGGUGUAAGAGUGAAUUUCUCCUUUCUCUCACAAAAAUAGAAAACAAAAGAAUGAAAAUAAGUAGUAAGAAUAGUUUUAUGCUCAUGUAGUUUGGCAUAUUUACCCUCCAACUCCCAAGAUCUGAGUGUUAAUUCUCUCCUCUAGCUGCUACACAUUUCCUUCUAAAUUAGUUACAAGAAUUUGGUAUUAGAUCAAGAUAACAACUUCUAUCUGAUGCAUUUAAGUAUUCUCAUUACCUGUUUGUUGGAUAGUGCAUGGAUAUUGUAGGGAGAAGUUACUUGUAAAUCACCUCUGGGAGUUAAAGGGUUUAAAGGGGGAUUUCUUAGGACUAGUUCAGAGAGCUACAGUUAUAAGCCUUCCAACUUUAACAUCAGUCUGCACAUUCUCCUCACUGUUCUCUUUACAAUUCUCAUGGUACUGAAAGGGGAAUGUGUUAACCAAUCAAGGGCUUCUCUUGUUCACAAUCAUUUCCUAAAAUUAGUUGCAUGUCACUUCUAGGGUUAACCUUUUAACUCUCAAGAUGUGAUUGUUAAUUCUCCCUUCUAGCUGUGACACAUUUUCUUGUAAAUUAGUUACAAGAAUUUGGUAUUAGAUCAAGAUAACAACUUCUUGCUGAUAAGUUUGAGUUUUCUCAUUACCUCUUUGCUGGAUAACUUAUGGAUAUUAUGGGGAGAAGUUACAAAUUAAUCAGUUCUGAGAGUUUAAUGGUUAAUGUAAGAAUAAAGUUUUUCUUUAACAAAAGCCUUCCUCCCUUGAUAGCUGAGCUGGUAACAGGUUAAAUAUACUACCUAUAGUACCUUACCUUAUUUUAUUACUACCUUAAACUGCUCUGAAUUUUUUGAAAAUUCAAGAGGUAUAAGGAUUUUGUUUGAAAAUUUCUGUCACUUAUCAUGCUUAAAAUAAUGGAGAACACUGUUUAUUGUAGUUCAUGUGUUUGUGACAACUUAAGUUGGAUAUGUGCAAAUUGUUUUUUCUUUUUACUUCUAUUGUUUUAUUGUAGUUAUCCAGCAGGAUUUGUUUACCUUUUUGCUGGAUUAUAUUAUCUUACUGGUCAUGGAACAGACAUCAAGACUGCACAGUACAUUUUUGCUGUUCUAUAUAUACUCACCCUAGUGAGUGUAUUUGCAAUUUAUCAAAAAACCUCUUCUGUAAGUAUCCUUUUAUUGAGUUUUGUUUUGUUUUCAAACAUAAACCUGACAUGCAAGUUGGCACAUCUAGUUAACGCUUAAACUCCCAAGAUUGGAUUUUUAAUCCUCCCUUCAAGCUGCUACACAUUCCAUAUAAAUUGUAUACAAUAAUUAAGUCUUUGAUUGAGAUAACUUGUAUGUGAUAAGUUUGAGUAUUCUUAUUACCUGUUUGCAGUCUAAUGUAGGGAUAUUAUAAGGAGAAGUUACAUUUUAAUCACUUCCAAUUGAUAACUCAGUGAUUUCUUUAUAGGUUCCACCAUAUGCCUUCUUCUUCAUGUGUUGCACAUCGUAUAGAAUCCACUCAAUUUUCAUUCUUCGUCUUUUCAAUGACCCUGUGGCAAUGUUUCUCCUCUAUGUCGCAGUCAACUGCUUUCUGCAUGACAGGUGGAAUUUAGGAUGCAUUAUAUUCAGGUAAAAUUUGUUGGAAAUCAUGACCAAAAUUUCAUUUUGCUGCAGAUAAUGUAGCAUGAAAAAAGAUUUCUGCUGCAAGUGUUAAUUCUGUAAGUUAUUGAGAAUUAUAGCACUGAAUGUAUUUUAAACAGCCUGGCUGUGAGUGUGAAGAUGAAUGUUCUCCUCUUUGCUCCUGGUCUGUUGCUGCUCUUGUUACAAACCUUCGGAGUUUGGUGGACAGUGCCCAGACUUGCUCUAUGUGCUUUGAUUCAAGUAAGGAUUCUUUUGUUGUAAUCACUUCACUACCAAGAAAUGGAAAUUUAAAUUAUUCUCUUAACUGAUUGUUACAUAUUUCUCAGUUUGCAAUUCCAAAGACUCUGUUGUCACAUAAACCAUCAUCAGUCUCAAGUUUCAAGACAAGUCAAAACAUCUGUUGUACCUCACUCAACUGAAAAUUGUAGUAGCUUUUAAUCCUUUAACUCCCAUGAGUGACCAAGACAUACCAUAUCAAUACAAUAUCAACCAGAUAAAUGUUGAGAAUAACAAAAUAUAUAAAUUUGGGAAAAUUAGUUGAUCCAAUACUAAAUUCUCUGAACUAACAUUAUAAGAAUUGUAUUGUUGGUAGUAAGGAGAAUUAUAAAUUUGAUCUGAGAGUCAAAGGGUUAAAGCAUGGAUUUUUUUUUCAGCUUGUUCUUGGCCUUCCUUUUCUUUUGGAUAAUCCCAUCAGUUACAUCACUUUGGCUUUCAACUUGGGACGGCAGUUUUUAUUCAAGUGGACUGUUAAUUGGAGAUUUUUACCAGAGUGGCUUUUUCUGAAUCGUUAUUUUCAUGUUGGUCUUCUCACGUGCCACAUUACACUUUUGAUUUUAUUUUACUUAUACAAGUGGACAAGGUACUCUAUUUUAUACUUCUUGUUUUAUUCCAGAAACAUUUUGGAAACUAUUUUAGGCAGCCCCAUGUUUUUGUAACUGCUGUGAUGUAGCUAGUCCCCUUUGUAGAAGCAAUUUAGGAUGUCAAUCUAUGAGGCCACUGUAUUUCAUUAAUAAUGGUAAUAGGACUGACUGGAGUCCAAUUCAGUCUGUAAUCAUAUAAGUGAUUAAGAAGAUCGGAUGACUGCAAAGUGGGAGUUCAAGUUGUUAAUCAAUAGUGUGAUUACUGACAGAAUUGGAUGACACAAAGUCCUCUUAUCAACUAAUCAAAACUAUGACAAAAUUUGAGAAAAAAAACUAGACAUCCUUUAUACAGUUUUAUAGAAAAAACAGUGAACUCAACAAAAGGCAAGACAAUGGUGCAGGCAAAUGAUGUGUUCUGUCCACUUAUACAGGCAUGACAUGUUAACUGUUCCUUUAACUGUCCUAGUACAUUGUCCAAUACAAGCGUGACUUGUCCACUGUCCUAAAAUAGUGCUCAAAUCAGGCUGGUGAUAACCAUUCGUGUGUGAGAAUUUUGUUAUAGUUUUGAUUAACCAAACAAUUGGCCAAGGAGUAAUUCCUCUUGAUGUCUAAGUUGUUUUGACUUUUGUGUAGCCAUGACACUACCUACAGGCAUUUUGUGGAGUGCAUAGCUCUUAGAACAAAUGUAAAAGGGUCCAUGAAUUCUAUAUGCCUGCUCUGGCUUUGUUCUAGAUUUUCUAUCAGGCUCACAAUUUGUUAGACUCUCAGAGGACAUCUGUAGUUCUCCCCUUUUUUGCAAAUUUGUUUAAGGCUCUCACAGUGAAGAUCAUUUUAUCACUCAACGGGUAAUAAGCUUUGUUAACUCUGCCAAUUUUGUUCCAUUUCGCAGAAAAUCAGAAUCUUUACAGAGUUAUUUAAGAACACCUUUUCAAGGAGAAGCUCUAACUUCUAAUCAUAUCCUUUUUAAACAAAUACCAACAUAGUCCAUGUGAAUCAAUAGUUGUGAAUUUGGCUCGCAAGAUAUGAAAUCUCUCUGUAAAAAUGAUAGCUACCUAUGAUUUUCUUACAAAUUUUGUACUUUUUUGUGUAAAGUGACUCAUGUCUUGUGCAUAGAUGGAGUUGACCCCUUUAGCCCCUAAGUGUGACUAGCAUCUAAUUUCUCCUUACAAUAUCACCACUGAAUCACAUAUUGAGGUCAGGAGAAUAAAGGAAAUGAUCAUCAAUCAAAGAAGCCCUUGAUUACUAAACAAAUUCUCCCUGUCAGCAGCUUAGGAAAUGUAUAAAGAACCGUAUAGAGAAUAUACAUGCUGAUGUCAGGGUGUUUAAGGUUAGACAGGGCAUGUAUUCUUUAAGCUUUUUUUGGAAUAUCCACUCCCACAUUAUUUUUUAUAUUUUUUGUCUUUUUAUAACUUACUGCUUAACAGGCUGUUGAUCCUUAAUCAUGUGUACAGAUUGUUUAUGUGUUAUUUGUGUCUAAUUUCAUCGGCAUGGCCUUUUCUCGGUCGCUUCAUUAUCAAUUUUAUGUGUGGUAUUUUCACACUCUUUUGUUCCUGUUGUGGAAGACCAAUCUAUGGAUAUCGGCCAGGUUAGCGAUUCAUUCUGUCCACUCUUGAUAAACCGCGGACUUUCGUUAUUGAAAAACUUCAAUAGAACGUUAAGAAAACUAGUGAAAGUGAAGAAAAAUCCACGCUAGUGAGCUGAAAUUAAAGAGAUUGCAGUGUAGAGGCCUGAAAAAUUCAACGGGAUUUGUACCCUUUCCUUCCAGAUAUUAAUUGCGUGCCACUGCCAACAGAGUUACGAUGGUACAUUUUGAGAGCGGGGCAAAUUUGAGUUGGUUCUUCGUUUUCGUUGAGGAAUUUGAUCACAAAACUUGUGAGAGCAAGAAAAAUAAACGAAAUGUGCCAUUGCUAUAUAUUCAUAUUUACGAAAAGACGAUAUUAAGCAUAAGCACUCUACAAUGAACCUACUAUCAGUUUUCAGUUUUCAAUUGAGUGACGAAACACCAAAUUCAGAAGAAUCUCAAAGGCCUAUCAGAACAAAAGUUAAUAUCAUCACUAGCCAAUUAGAACUCAAGAAAAAACAAGCGAACUGCCAAAAGUUUUAGCUUGGCAUGUGAUUGGUUGAGAGAGUGGCGCAAGUUUUAUAGACCUUCUUCUUAUGGUUCUCUUUUAGGCUCCUUAUUCUUGGGGUCAUAGAGCUGUGUUGGAAUACGUACCCAUCUACUGUGAUAAGCUCCAUAUCCUUACACAUCUGUCACGCCGCAAUCUUAGGGGCCCUGUGGCACGCUGAACCUUUAUUUACAAAGAAAACCGGCUCCAGGGAAGAAAACAAGAAAGAGUGAAUGUUUCAAAUGUUUGUAAAAUGAAAAAUAAUCAACUCUAUCGGUUUAUGACGAGAAAUGAUGAAUCCUUCCUGAUGAAAGUAAUUUGAAACAGAGAUACGUUAAUAUAACUUUUUUUGUAGUAGUACUGAAUACAGAUUUAAUAGAAAGUAACAUGUCUACCAGAAUUCGAUUGUUUGAUUCUUUUGUGAAUUUUAAGCAAACCACAUUUCUAGCAAGAACAUGACUGCAGAGCCCAAUAAGCCCAGUAAACGCGUUUCUCUAGAAAGCUGAAAACAUAACAGGAAACCAUGAUUCGUUUCUCUUUCAACGUUCAAAAUUCGAUAGUUUAUCUCUUUUAAAAGGUAGGAUUCACUUCUACCAAGAAAAACGUCCUGGCUAAAGGUGAAUCUGGUUGUGGAGAAG